UUUUCAUCCCUCUCAUUGUCUCCAACUAUAUUAAAAAAUUCCUCUUUAAAAACAAAUAACCUAGGAGGGAGGGAUUUUGAAAAUUUUACAUAUCUCAUUAAAACUCAUCAUACGCAUACGCCAAACUGUUGGUUCCACCUAUACCGUUAGAGGAGUACUUGAUUGGUUAUGAUUUUUCUAUGGACCGCCCCUUUUGGUGAUUCUUUGCGCUGUGAUUGGCUUUGUUAACGUGCGUCAUAUGGGUAAGAAAACGUCACUCGGGUGGAAGGGAAACGAAGCCGGUGUUUUUGGAGAUGAAUUGAAACUGAUCUCAUAUAAACUCGCUUUAUGAAAAUAGCAUUUUUAACAUUUACUAAUCGCAGAGAAGUUUAAUAUAUAAUAUUUAUUUUUUGUGAGGAUGGAUUACACGAAUCAGAGUGGGUUCAGACAGCGUAAGUUACGUACGUCAUGCUAUUUCUGUUGUGAUUUCUUUAGACAGUUUAUUUUUAUUUUUUUUGCUCUUGUGAAUAGCUAAUUCAAAUUUAGCUUCAGUAAAUUAACAAUACGUGUAUUUAUAUACCAUGAGUAAUAUUUGUAUUUAACCCAGCUAGUAGUUUGUAAUGGUAGGCCAGAAAGCAAGAUUAGUUAGCUCGGUUUGGCUACGGUUCAAUCCGAAAUAUUUCUCUCCGCCCUAUAUAGGUGCACUAAAUCGGAUAUGACGUAAUGAUUUUAACGCCCUUUCACGCAGGGCACUAAAUUUUCAACAGAAAGCCGUUCGGGAUUAGGCCUAUUUUUAGCUCCAGUACAGAGAAAUCCAGGCCAAGGAUGAGGAGUCCUGGCUCAGAUUCUGGUGAACCCCGUCAGCUUUUUGAUGACACCAGUGCUGGUCAACACAACUCUGGACCUGGCAGCAUGGACAAAGGAGGGAUGGACUACGCAGGACAUGCCAUCCUCUCAGAUCCUAUGUCCAAUCUCGCUAUGGCCUAUGGGAGCAGCCUUGCAAGCCAGGGCAAACAAAUGAUGGAUAAAAACCUUGACCGCUUUAUCCCCAUCUCCAAACUGAAAUAUUACUUUGCUGUGGACACCGUUUAUGUUGGCAAGAAGCUGGGACUGCUGGUAUUCCCCUAUAUGCAUGAGAACUGGGAGGUUAGUUACCAACAGGAUACUCCAGUAGCUCCACGCUUUGAUAUCAAUGCUCCGGACCUGUACAUUCCCUCGAUGGCUUUUAUCACGUAUGUCCUGGUUGCAGGCCUGGCCCUUGGCACACAAAACAGCUUUUCCCCUGAGAUCUUGGGGAUGCAGGCUAGCUCAGCCCUGGUGUGGCUCAUUAUUGAAGUUCUUGCCAUUCUCCUCAGCCUUUACCUGGUCACAGUGAACACAGACCUCACUACCAUCGAUCUGGUGGCCUUUUCUGGAUACAAAUAUGUUGGGAUGAUAGUUGGAGUGUUAGCCGGGCUCCUGUUUGGAAAGACAGGGUAUUAUCUCUCAUUAUUCUGGUGCUGUGCUUCAAUCUUUGUCUUUACGAUCCGAACACUGAGGUUAAAGAUUCUAUCCGAGGUGGCUGCGGAGGGCGUCCUUGUCCGAGGAGCCAAGAAUCAGCUGCGCAUGUACUUAACCAUGGCCAUUGCUGCAGCACAGCCUGUGUUCAUGUACUGGUUAACUUUCCACUUGAUAAGGUAAAUAUGUGGAGAUGCAUGGCGCCAGCAGUGAAAAUGAAGGACACUACCACUACAGCCAUGACAGAAGCACUCUGUCCUCCUCAGUAGAGACUUGAAGCACAGAGAGUCCAUUUGCACAGAUGCAAACAAAUGAACACGCAUUGUGAAAGCUCACAGUACAACAGGAGCUGCGAUAAUUCAGCUACUUUCCACUUGUGCAUUUAUAAGAAGGACUAUAUGCUUUUUAUGUUGGUUUUUUUUUUUUGUUUGUUUGUUGUUGUUUUUGUAUGAUGUAGAGUGCAAUUAUUUGAUUCAUA